ACAGUAACAUGGAGGGCAGUUACGCUGCUUCACGCGGCAUUUCUCAGAGCAACUGUCAAGGCCAGAAUCCUGGCUUGGCUACUCCAUUGGCUGUUUCCUCCCUACUGGAAUUGGAACUAUGUCAGAAGCCAACCCAACAACAGUACCUGUACCCAGCCUGACUCCUACUGCGGAAGUGGUUACUGUGGCACACCACACGCCCUACCGAGUCCUCACGUGGGGCGUGCGCACUCCCACAGUGCCGUGUGUCGGACUUGAUUGGAAACUUUAGGCCUCAGUCAGCCCAGGCGACAAGAAGAAGGGGGGCAAAUUCCAGCCGUUUAAGAAGCUGUUUGGCAAAAGGAGAAAGAAAGACGCAUCAUCGUCGGCCCGGGAGGAGUCGGUGGGGAAGAAGAGUGACUCUCACCAGAGUGUCAGCAAUGGGACUUUCUCUUCGGAUGAGGAGGCGCUGGAGGACGGUCUAAGGUCCUUCAACUAUUCUAUGGGAACCCGGGCGUUUUCUCAUGACAGUAUUUUUAUCCCUGAUGGGGGAGCAGAAAGUGAGCAGACAGUUCAAGCAAUGUCACAGGACAACAUCCUGGGCAAAGUCAAAACUCUUCAGGACUGUGCUUUAUUUUUCAGUCGACUAAGCAGUAUGUUCCUGCAACAGCUGGGCAAGAAUAUCAAGUUUGGGCAGCGGCCGCCCAACGCCGUUCCCAUGAAGAAGGCGGGCAGUGGGGAGGCCGGCUUAGAAGAGGAUCUGCUCCUGACCAGUCCCAUGGAAAUUGUGACCCAGCAGGACAUCGUCCUCUCAGACACUGAGAACAAACCCAGUGAUACGCCAAGUUCUCUGAGUCCCCUGAAUCUACCUGCAGCUGGAAGUGAGAUGGAAGAGAAGGUUGCUCCAGUUAAACCGUCUCGGCCAAAAAGGCACUUCUCUUCUGCUGGCACCAUCGAAAGUGUCAACCUAGAUGCCAUCCCCCUGGCCAUCGCUCGCCUGGACAACAGUGCUGCCAAGCACAAACUGUCCGUUAAGCCAAAAAACCAGAGGGUGUCAAAGAAGCACAGGCGGCUUGCCCGGGACCGACAAAAUGAGCACGGUGGCCUGGAGAGUCAGCCUUCCCUGGACCAGAACGGACACCUGGGGGAAGACAAGCACAUCCGGCAUGAGGAGGAACCAGAGCCCCUGGAUGCGGAAGAAGAGAAAAGACGCCACGAAGACUACUGGCGGGAGCUGGAGGCCAAGUGCAGGCGGCAGAAGGCGGAAGCAGCGGAGAAGCGACGCCUGGAGGAGCAGCGGCUGCAGGCGCUGGAGCGGCGGCUCUGGGAAGAGAACAGGAGGCAGGAGCUCCUGGAGGAGGAGGACGAGGAGGGCGACGGGGAGGAGCCGCAGCUAGAGGCGGAAGGGCAGCGGCGGAGCCUGGAAGCGCAAGGUUGGCCCGAGCCAGGGCGGAGGGCGCGCGAGGAGCGCGAGCGCCUGGAGGCCGAGGAGCGCAUGCGCGCGCAGGCGCAGGCCGAGGAGCGCGAGGAGCGCAUGCGCGCGCAGGCGCAGGCGGAAGAGCAGCUGCGGCAGCGCCGGCGGGAGGAAGAGGAGGAGAGCAAGCGCGCGGAGGAGCUCCGAAGGCAGGAGGAAGAAGAGGAGAGGAGACGCGCUGAGGAGCAACGAAGGCAGGAGGAAGAAGAGGAGAGGAGACAGGCUGAGGAGCUCCGAAAGCAGGAGGAAGAGGCGAGAAAACGCGCAGAGGAGCAAAAAAUGCAGGAGGAAGAAGAGGAGAGGAGACGGGCUGAGGAGCUCCGAAGGCAGGAGGAAGAAGAGGCGAGAAGACACGCCGAGGAGCUCCGAAGGCAGGAGGAAGAAGAGAGGAGACGGGCUGAGGAGCUCCGAAGGCAGGAGGAGGAGGCGGCGGCGACGAGGCUCGCGGAAGAGCUGAAGAGGCGGGAGGACAUGGCGGCGCGGAGGCGGCAGGAGGAGGCCGGGCCUGCGGAGGCGGCGCGGAGCGCCGAGGAAGGGCGACAGCUCGAGCCCGAGGACAGGAGGGGCCCGCGGAGCCCGCUUCACGUUGACCUGGAGGAGAAGCCCGAAGAGCCGGAAGACGCAGAGCCCAGAGGGCAAAGCCAAGUCUCCGAGGAACCGAGCGUCGGCGAGGAGCAGAGCCCGGAGGCCGGGCCCGCGAGGCCGCGGCAGGGGCAGAGGGGGCGUCUCCACGGGGACGAGCGUGCGGCGCUGGAGGAAGGGACACAAGCGGCGAGAGCAGACGCUCCCCAGAAAGGCGAGGGGCGGGCGGCAGACGCGCAGCCGGCGGCCGCUCCAGAGAGAGACCGGAAGGUGGAGGAGCUGAGGUGGCAGGAAGUGGACGAGAGGCAGACCAUGCCCAGGCCCUACACCUUCCAGGUGUCCUCGGGAGGGAAACAGAUUCUCUUCCCCAGAGUCAACCUGAGCCCCGUGACGCCCGCGAAGGACGCGGGACUCGUCUCUGCGCCCCGGGAGCCGAAGGCGGCCCCGUCCAGCGCGGCCCCCCACGCGCUGCCCUCGUCCCUGAGCGUUCCCCACACGGCCAUUCUGGUCACGGGGGCGCAGCUCUGCGGCCCGGCCGUCAACCUGAGCCAGAUAAAGGACAUGGCGUGCAAGUCCCUCCUGGGCUUGUCGGAAGAAAAGAAGCACGUGGACGUCCCCGCCGUGGAGCACCCGCCCCGAAUGCCCGGCGACCCCCGGGCGGGCAGCGGGAAGGCCAGGCCCGCCCCGGAGUCCGCCAGCAGCGCGGCCGCGCUGGCCGAGUGGGCUUCCAUUCGGUCCCGGAUCCUGAAGAACGCCGAGAGUGACCCGCGCAGCGAGAGGGAGCAGGCGCGGCCCGGCGACGAGCCCACCCCCAGGCCGCGCUGUGAUUCCCGCGGGAACCUCCGGAAGACCCCGCCGGUGAAUGCGAAGUUCUCUAUUAUGCCUGCCUGGCAGAAAUUCUCGGAACCGAGCACGGAAGCUGAAAGCAUUAAGAAAAGACCCACAGUGGGACCCGGCGAAGAGACCCCGCUCCCGCCUCCGCCUGCCGGUGCCCCCGAGCCCCGGAAGAGUCCGGAGAAGCUGGAGGUGCACCAGGAGCCAGCAGACACCACAGAGGGAUGCAAAUUUGCCAAAGACCUUCCAUCUUUCCUUGUUCCAAGCCCCCCUUACGCUUCGCAGAAGGCAGCGGCCCAUGCGGAGUCCACGACCACUUCGGACGGUGAGACCACCCAUGCCAUAGCAAAGCCAGACCCCGUGAUGCCAGGUGGGGAGGAAAAGGCCUCACCUUUUGGAAUAAAAUUGAGAAGGACCAACUACUCCUUGCGCUUCCACUGCGACCAACAGGCAGAACAAAAGAAGAAGAAGAGGCACAGCAGCACAGGAGACAGUGUGGAGGGGGGCCCGCCUGCAGUGGGGAGCUCCCAAGGAGAGACAGAGACAGACGGUGGGGCGGUCAAGCGCGACCCCUCCCUUCCCCAAGAGAGGAAGCAGGCCCCAUCCACGCGGAGGGACCCUGCCGAAAGCCCUUCUCCUCCGGUAGCCCAGCCCAGGGCCCCACCCGCCAGCAGCCAGACCCCGGCUCCAGAGCAUGACAAGGCAGCAAACAAAAUGCCCUUGGCACAGAAGCCGGCGCUGGCUCCCAAGCCUGCCAGUCAGACCCCACCAUCAUCCCCACUCUCCAAACUGAGCAGGCCCUACUUGGUGGAGCUGCUGGCUCGCAGAGCCGGGAAGCCCAAUCUGGAGCCGAGCGAGCCGGCGAAGGAAGUCCAGCAGAGCAGCGAGCCCCAGCCACCAUCGCCCUCAGCCCCUGAGGAAAGGAAGGAACAGAAGGACGAAGAGGAAGUGACAGAGAGGAAACCUGCUUCCCCACCUCUGUCUGCUGCUGAGCAAGAGAAGCCUUCCCAAACCCCUGAGGCUGGGAGGAAAGAGAAGCCGGUGCUUCAGAGCAGGCACUCUUUGGAUGGCUCCAAACUUACUGAGAGAGUGGAAACUGCACAGCCCCUGUGGAUAACGUUAGCACUGCAAAAGCAGAAGGGGUUUCGGGAGCAGCAGGCAACUCGAGAGGAGAGGAAGCAGGCCAGAGAGGCCAAACAUGCAGAAAAGCUCUCCAAAGAAAAUGUCAGUGGCAGCCCGCAGCCUGCAGGCGGCAGCGUGAGCAGAGCAGGUUCCCUGCAGAAGGCCACCGCCCCGCCGGAAGAGAAGAAGCCCGAGACUGUAGCGUCUAGGCUGGAGCGCAGAGAACAGCUGAAAAAGGCCAACACUCUUCCUACGUCUGUGACAGUGGAGAUCUCAGAUUCGGCUCCCCCCGCACCGCUGGUGAAGGAGGUCACCAAGAGGUUCUCCACCCCAGAUGCUGCCCCCGUGUCAACAGAACCCGCCUGGCUGGCUUUGGCCAAAAGGAAAGCAAAAGCCUGGAGCGACUGUCCGCAGAUAAUUAAGUAGAGAGAGACUCUUACCCUUUCCCUUUGCCGGUCAUUGGCUCCUCUCUUGCCCUUUUUAUUUAUUUAUUUUUUAUAUGAGGUAAAGAGACCAAGCUAGGGAAAAGCAUGUUUUAUAGGCGCUAAAAUAAUGUUCAGAGACUGAACCGGUGGCGUUCAUCGUAAAGAGUGUUUGCACAACCCUCGGUGCUGGUGCCUUGAGCUCCUCCUCGUUCUCAAGAGAAAAUUCCGUCCAAGGGACCCCAGGAAGCAAAAUCUCUAAACUAAGGUCUCCUCGUGAGCCUGCCACGCCCAUUCCAUGGCCCUCCACGUACAUACACACCCACGUACUGUUCAGUACUUUUGCCAAUCUUUGUAGUGGUUUUUUGAUUCUCUCAUUUCUUUUGUCCCCACCAUAUGUUUGGGGAUGUUUAUCCUUUCUGCAGUUACAGUGAAAGGAUCAUGUAUAGAUAGAAACAAGGAUGCUCGUUCUCCUGAACACAGCAAGUAACUGGUAAUCACAAGGAACAGUCUGGCUUCCGGCUCUGUGCCCACGUCCGUUUUCGUGAACAUUCCCCACCCUGAAGCUGUAACACAGAAGACAAAUCCAUUCGCACUUUCACAGCGCUGUGGACCCAGUGUGAGGCCCCAUUAUACCAAUACCCUCCUUAAGGACAUGCUCAGAAUUCAGCCCAGUUGGCUCCCAGGGAACAUUUGUAUUUAAUAUGGUGAAGAAAGGAAAUUCUUUAUCAGAGCCACAAGUACUCUUUCUGUCUCCCAAAAUCCCCAUCUAGUACAGUGAUUCUUAAAAUGUCCAGGCUCCAUCCCAGGCCUACUGAAUCAGAGCCUUUAAGGACAAAGUCAGGAAUGUAUAUUCUGGCAGAAACUCUUCAGAUGAAUUCUGAUAUAUCCCAAAAGUUAAGAACCUUGGAAUAGAGUGAUUCUGGUAUAAUCUAGUUUUUCAGAUGCUGAAGGGGAGGCUCAUUCACCCAAAAAGCAAAGUGAGACAGGAAAAAAUAAUAAAACAACCCCCCCAACCCAGCCAUUUAUUACAAGAAACAACAGGCUAUUGACAUUACAUGUCUCUGAAAAUCCCCUUUGCUCUUUAGGGAAAAUUAAUAGGAAGUCAAGAUUUGGAGUUUUUAUACUAAGGAUUUCCUGCAGAAAGUUUUUUCUGUACUAUAAUUUAGAGUCAAAUGUUCAGCAUUUAUAAUUCAGAGCAUUCGCCCUGCUACCUUUAAAAAAUAUCUGUUUUAAGUGGCCUUGUUAUAUACAUGUGCAUACAAAGAAUGAACUUGACAGUUGAAAAGCUACAUAUAUUCACUUUUAUUUACCUUAAUCUGCUUUUCAUGAAACAUAGAUAUACCGGAAAACCUACAUAUUGCUGGUACUAACUUUAUAUUUCAUAGUGUUGGUGUAAUCCCCUUUUCUUAGAUUCUUACUCCAAAAUAUAGGUACAAAUCCUUUGCCCAGUGCAAAGAGAAUUAAAUCCAUUUUCCUCUCCUUCAGAACAUGUUUUAUUUGUAUCUGACAUUAGUUUCCUUCACACUCACUCAAUAUGCAAUGUCUCGUUAUUCUAUCAUAUAUCUUAAAGAAUGACAGUGAAGUUAUUUACCAUGUAGAAACCAUCUCUCAUCUCCUUCUAGAAACAAUGGCCCAGCCUCACGGUAGCAGCUGGCAUGUGUGGUCAAGUGGAUAGUCGUACUCUGCAAGUUGGAUUUGAUAAUUAUAUACACUGGACCUUCAGACUGUUAAGAAUCAAUGUAACUUUUUUUAUUGCUAUGGUAAGCAAUUAAUACACCACUGCACGUUUCCAUACUAAUGUUCAUUUCUAAAUCUAAUAUAUAGGCAUUUGUUGGUUCCAAUGAUUUCCUCACUAAUAUAACACUUUUUAAUGGGAAUCUUUCCACCAAGAGCCCUGGAAUUAUAGUUCUACAGCAAUUCUUCUGAAUUGACUUUCUCUUUCAUCCCGUCAGCUUUGCACAAUAUCCCAGUAAUGGCAAGGACCAGGUGAGGAAAUAAGAUUAUUAACAAAGAAUGGUAGAUGAGUCACCUCUGUACUGGCUCAGAUACCACUGAGCCCCCAUCCAAAGUGGGAGAAAUAACCUCAGUUAAAUAUUUUCCAUCAAAGUCUUUAAAAGAAGAGUAUACCGAAGAAAGGAUAGUCACAGUACUUCUAACAACUUCUAAAGGGUACAUGUUUAACAUUUCAUUUAAAAUUCACCCCAAAUUUGCACUAAAUACCAAUGAAGUGUUAUUUUGCUUUAGUUAUGUUGCAGUCUUUUUCUGAGCAACGAACCAUGGGGAAAUUCUGUAAAAAUAUAUGAAAAGUUCAAGACUUUUUUUUUUUUAAAUGAAUGAUUUCUAUGUUAAGUACACAAACUUUUUUUUAAAAAUUUCAACCAACAUACAUUUCUGCUGGCAAGGUUAUAGAUGAUUAACCUCUGUUCCUAGACUUAUAUAUAAAACUAGAGUUUUUUGUUUACUUUUUUAAUUUUUCAAGUGCAAUUGUUUCUUAUACAAACAUUAUUACUAUUAUCAUUUUAGCCAGUUAUCUGCAAAUGUAUAGUAUGUGUUGUCUCUUCUUGUGACGUUUAGUUUGCUUAUUUUAAAGCAGAAACAUUAGUUAGUGUCUUGCAAUAUUUUUACCAACAAUAAAAAUUAAGUAGACUUAAUGAAAAUAUGUUAGUGUGAUUUUAAUAUUAUUUUGAAAUUUCGGUUGUAUAAAGUUUUAAUGUAAAAUAUUCAUUAUUGAAGGGAAAAGAUCUUUCAAUAAAAAAUAC